AUGCGACGGGCGUCGGAGCUGGCGGGGCUUUGCCUGGAGGACGUCGAGCUUGGCGACGGCGGGCUGCGCGUGUGCAUUCGCAAGGCCAAGAACGACCAGCUCGGCAAGGGCCAGCUGGUGUUCAUCGAGCCGACAGGGCGUGCUACGUGCCCGGUGCGGCUGUUCCGGCUGUUCGUCCAGUGGAGGGGCCUCGGCGGCGGUGUGAUGUCGUCGAGCGCGAUCAGCGCGGUGUGCCAGCGCAUGGUCGCGGCGGCCGGGCUCAGCGCGCAGGUCUCGUCGCACUCUCUGCGCAUCGGCGGCGCAACGGCCGCCGUCGAGGGUGGCAUGACGAGGGAGCAGGUCAUGACCAUUGGCGGGUGGCGGAGCGACGCCGUCAACAGCUACCUGCGGGCGCGCGAGCUGCCGAGUAUGGCGGUCUCGCGGCGCAUGGGCCUGUAG